AUGUAUUUUUAGUUUUUAGUGUAGUUCUGCCUUUUACAGUCUAUAUCUCCUAAGGGUAUGUAUAUAUAUGUUUUUUUAUUGAACAUUUUUGGGGUCAUCACUGAUUCACCUUUGCCCAGGUGAGGUAAAGCCAGUCUUCUACACCUCCAUGCUUCAUUCUCUGACGUCAGAGAAGGACAAAGUGGUUUAGAGAGCGAGGUCAUCCGACAGGAGCCUGGUCAGAGGCGCUGAACAGGUGAACAGCUAAGCCUCAGACCUGAAUAUGUACCCGUCUACGCUAACGCACUUAUCCCGGGCGAAUCCCUUCCACUCUCCGAUAAUCUCCUUCCAGCAGGGGGAUGAAUGGAAACAGACGCCCCACCUGAAAGCUGUGACACCCAAACCCACACGUGAACUCGUUGCAGCCUCCUUUAAUGACGAUACAAGUGUAAGCUGUGAGUACGGCUCCAACAAAUACUACGCCCUCUGUGGGUUUGGAGGAAUCCUGAGCUGUGGGCUCACGCACACGGCGGUCGUACCGCUCGACCUUGUUAAAUGCCGUAUCCAGGUGGAUCCAGACAAAUACAAGUCCAUCUUUAAUGGUUUCUCCGUGACCCUGAGGGAGGACGGAUUCAGGGGUUUGGGACGAGGAUGGGCCCCGACCUUCAUCGGAUACUCGAUGCAGGGUCUCUGCAAAUUCGGCUUCUAUGAGCUGUUUAAAGCCCUGUACAACGACAUGCUGGGAGAGGAGAAUGCGUACCUGUGGAGAACAUCGGUGUACCUGGCUGCCUCGGCCAGUGCUGAGUUCUUUGCUGAUAUAGCUCUGGCCCCCAUGGAGGCGUGUAAAGUGCGUAUACAGACACAGCCGGGUUACGCCAGCACCCUCAGAGAGUGCGCCCCCAAGAUGCAUGCUGAGGAGGGAGUGUGGGCGUUCUAUAAAGGCGUGUACCCCCUGUGGCUGCGGCAGAUCCCCUACACCAUGAUGAAGUUCGCCUGCUUCGAGCGCACGGUGGAGACGCUCUAUAAGUACGUGGUUCCUAAACCUCGCAGUGAAUGCACCAAACCUGAACAGCUCGUGGUCACAUUCGUAGCAGGAUACAUUGCCGGCGUGUUCUGCGCUGUGGUGUCUCACCCCGCUGACUCAGUGGUGUCUGUACUGAACAAGGAGAAAGGCAGCUCAGCCGCACAGGUUCUGAAGAGACUCGGGCCCAAAGGUGUGUGGAAGGGGCUCUUCGCUCGUAUCAUCAUGAUCGGCACGCUGACCGCACUGCAGUGGUUCAUCUACGACUCUGUGAAGGUGUACUUCCGCCUGCCCCGCCCUCCACCCCCGGAGAUGCCCGAGUCUCUAAAGAAGAAGCUGGCUCUGGCAACCCACUAGACCUUCUGACCACCAGCAUCUCCACAACCAGAAAAACAGACCAUAUUUCCACAUCUGAGGGAAAGGUCCUGCAAAGUGUUCCAUAAUAAUCUCUUACAAAUAAAGAUUUCAAAAUUAA